AUGCGUUUUGUCCCACCCAAAUUGGUUGGUGGCAGGGGAAAUAUUUCUGAAGCAGAGUACUUCUGCUACUUAAUUGACCUAAUUCCAGUGUUUGAUUAUGAUAUUCAGCCGCAUGACAUCAUUCUUGCUGUGAAGACAAGGCUUGAAUGUGAUGAAGAGACUUUUAAGUUUGAUGUGGAUGUUGACAGGGGUAGGUUUGUGGUCUUGAAUAUUGCUUAUGGUCUUGAUAAUGGAGGUACUUUUGAUGUCUCGGCUCUCACCACUAAAAAUGGAAAUAUUGAGGUCAAGGCAACAGUUGACGAAACUCAUCUUCGCGGAGAGGAUUUUGAUAACAAAAUGGUGAAUCACUUCGUGAAGGAGUUCAAGAGAAAGCACAGGAAGGAUAUCAGUGGAAAUCCCAAAGCGAUUAGGCGACUCAGGACAGCAUGCGAGAGGGCGAAGAGGAUCCUUUCGUCUUCUGUCCAGACAAGAAUAGAUAUUGAUUCUCUUUUUGAAGGCACUGACUUUUCUGCCAAUAUGGAGAAAAAAGCUAUAGAUGAUGUUGUCUUGGUGGUUGGUUCUAGCCGGAUUCAAAAGGUUCAGCAGUUGAAGAAUUUGAUGAAUGCGAAGGAGCUUUGCAGAAGCAUUAAUCCAGAUGAAGCUGUUGGGUAUGGUGCAGCGAUUCAAACCGCGAUUUUUAGUGGUAUUGCUCUUAAUGGAGAAGUAAUGAAGGUUUUGAUUCCUAAGAACACAACAAUCCCUACCAGAACAACACAAACAUUCACUACCCCGGCUGAUUACCAGUCUGAUGUUCGUGUUGAAGUGUUCGAGGGUGAGAGAGCCAGAACAAUGGACAACAAUUUUUUAGGUGAAUUUGACCUGGACGGAAUCCAAUUAGCCCCCAGGGGAGUCCCUCAAAUUGAGGUCGACUUUGAUUUGGAAGAUGAGGGAGCAUCACCCUUUAUGUACUGA